GCUGGGGCGUCGGCCCGCACCCUGCGCGGACCCCGGAGCGGAUCGACCCCGCCCCUCUCCUGGGGGAAGGCCUGGGCCCUGGCCCACUCCCAGCAUGCUCCACGCCGGAUCCCAGGGCAGGUGCCGGGGGUGCAGUAGUUAGUCGGGGAGACCGAGAACUGCCUUCCUGGAGGUGCUGCCUUGGCCCCUCAGUGGGGUUUUGAGGAAAAAUGCUUUCUGAAAGCAGUUCAUUUUUGAAGGGUAUGAUGCUCGGAAGCAUUUUCUGUGCCUUGAUCACUAUGCUAGGACACAUUAGGAUUGGUCAUGGAAACAGAAUGCACCAUGAGCAUCAUCACCUACAAGCUCCUAAUAAAGAAGAUAUCUCGAAGAUUUCAGAGGAUGAACGCAUGGAGCUCAGUAAGAGCUUUCGAGUAUACUGUAUCAUUCUUGUAAAACCCAAAGAUGUGAGUCUUUGGGCUGCAGUGAAGGAGACUUGGACCAAACACUGUGACAAAGCAGAAUUCUUCAGUUCUGAAAAUGUUAAAGUGUUUGAGUCAAUUAACAUGGAAACAAAUGACAUGUGGUUGAUGAUGAGAAAAGCUUACAAAUAUGCCUUUGAUAAAUACAGAGACCAAUACAACUGGUUCUUCCUUGCACGCCCCUCUACAUUUGCUAUUAUUGAAAACUUAAAGUAUUUUUUGUUAAAAAAGGAUCCAUCACAACCUUUCUAUCUAGGCCACACUAUAAAAUCUGGAGACCUUGAAUAUGUGAGUGUGGAAGGAGGCAUUGUCUUAAGUAUAGAAUCCAUAAAAAGGCUUAACAGCCUUCUCAGUAUCCCUGAAAAGUGUCCUGAACAGGGAGGGAUGAUUUGGAAGAUAUCUGAAGAUAAGCAGCUAGCAGUCUGCCUGAAAUAUGCUGGAGUGUUUGCAGAAAAUGCAGAAGAUUCUGAAGGAAAAGAUGUAUUUAAUACCAAAUCCAUUGGGCUUUUUAUUAAAGAGGCAAUGACUAAUCACCCCAACCUGGUGGUAGAAGGAUGCUGUUCGGAUAUGGCUGUUACUUUUAAUGGACUGACUCCUAAUCAGAUGCAUGUGAUGAUGUAUGGAGUAUACCGUCUUAGGGCGUUUGGGCAUAUUUUCAAUGAUGCAUUGGUCUUCUUACCUCCAAAUGGUUCUGACAAUGACUGAGAAGUGAAAGAAGAGCAUGUGUACAAUCACCAUAUAGGACAGGUAUUGUCACUAUUUGCAGUAACAACUGCAUGUCCAACACAGCAGUAUGUUUCUUUUCCUUUUUUUACUUUGGUGGUUCUGGUUUAAUGGCACAUUAAAGUUUAGUGGUACAUUUUAAAUAGGGUGGUUUUUUCCCCUUAAAACACAUGUGAAAACGUCAAACAUGUUGGAAAGAAAUGUUUUAAGAAUAAUUUUGCAAAUAAAAGAUAUUUAUAAAUAUUAUAUUUAUGUGAUAAAUUCUAAAUUAUGAAUCUGUGGCACAUAUUUUUGCUGAUCCUUUAAAAAAUUUAACAUGUCUUUUUAGCUCUCUAAGAUACGUGAAUGAAAUCUCUAGUUGUGAAUUUGUGAUUAAAACUUUCAGCUAUGUGUUUUCCAUUACUUGUAAUGCUGAUAUAUGUUCUGAACUUUUGCAAGGGCCCAUGGAUUGCUUUCUCAAAAUACACAACCAAGCCACAAAGGAAAUAAAUGUUCCCAACUAAUGUUACAGUGAAAGUGGAAUUGCGUCCCUGGGAGAAAAAGUGAAAAUGAUCUAUAAAGGUUAAUAAUUUCACCAGGAGCUAAUUUAGUGGCACUCCUCAGCAUACACAAGCUCAGUGUAACUCUCUUCUACUUCUCUGUGCAGAUACUGAAAUAGGAGUGGUCGCUAUGAAGAAUCUAAUUUCAUUUAACAUUUAACUGUGUUGUUUCCCACUUUAUCAAGCUCUUGGCUGUGGUUUGGAUAAAAAUACUUGAGUGUUCUUUACUGCUGCUGGGCGGAUGAGUUCUUUGGAAGUCUUUGAAGAACUUGUUUUGGUAAUCUGGCAGUGGAGUCUGCCCUGGUUUUUCUUUACCUGUUAAAAUUCUGAUAUUUUUCCCACGUUCAUAGUUGCAUCCUAUCCAAUGGUUUUGGGUGUGGAGGCCUUAACCUCACCAGUCACCUUGGAUUACCAUACCAUUUGCCUAAUUUCAGUGGCUACACAGAAGCUUUAUCCACUGGUGGAUACAAUAGUUCUUGUGCUUAUAAAUGUGUGAAGUACUUGGAACUGAUUUGUCCUAUAAUCAGGCCAGCACAUGCUAUAUUAAGUCAGAUCCAUAAGCCCCCGCCCCCCAUAGGGUGUGAGACCAUGACAUUUUAGAGAUCAAUAUUUGCCGUAACUGGCCUCAUGAUGUUAAUGGUCUCCCAUAGCUUUUGCAAACCAGAAAGAAUUUCCUCGAGGGCCUCGGGCUUCAAAUUAUUAUUGAUCAUCAGAAUGGUGUGUAAAGCACUUUUUAAAAAUUGAUCUGAUCUUCCUUAUUGGGGUUUUUGGUUAAAAUGAAGAAUUGUUAAUUUUUAAAAAUAAUAAAAAUCUCUUUAUCAAGCACCCUAA